AUGCCAAAACUUGUUGCUGAAGAGGGGGAUGUUCUUGACGAUCCAAAGCAAUAUAGAAGACUUGUUGGGAAGCUCAACUACUUGACUUUCACCAGACCGGGUAUUGCUUUCCCACUAAGUGUUGUGAGUCAAUUUUUGUCAUCUCCUCGAACUCCUCAUUGGGAUGCUGUUAUACGAAUUUUCAGAUACCUUAAAAAGGCUCCAGGGCGUGGAUUAGUAUAUGGUAGUCAUGGACAUGGGAGAGUUGAAGGGUUCUCAAAUUGGGCUAGAUCACCUGUUGAUAAGAGAUCAACUAUAGGGUAUUGUGUGUUUGUGGGACGCAACCUUGUCUCGUGGAAGAGCAAGAAACAGAGUGUAGUGGCUAGAUCAAGUGCAGAGUCCGAAUAUCGAGCCAUGACACAUGCAACUUCUGAAUUGGUUUGGCUGAAAAUGCUAUUGACUGAGCUUGGGUUUGAGGAUCCCUCACCCAUGUAG